GGUCCGGAAAUCCUGUGAUAAAAAGAGGGGCGCGGGGGAAAAGUAGGGAGAAGCUCUGGACAAAUUCUCUCUCUCCCACCCCGUACCUGCAACUUCCCCGGCAGCCCUCGGGCACAUGGGCGCCGGCCGGAGCCUCUAGGAGCUGUGCGGAGCGGGGAGGAGCGGAGCAGCCGCAGCCACCUGCCGCCGGCCCGGCACAGCACAGACCGGCUCAGCUCAGCACCGCGCCCGCCGCCGAGCGAGGCUGCACUCCAAGGAUUCCUGGUCUCGGUGCAUGUGAGGUGUGAAGGUGGGCAGCACCCCUAAGCCAUCACCAUGGAUUUUGUUAUGAAACAAGCUCUAGGAGGGGCUACCAAAGACAUGGGGAAGAUGCUGGGUGGGGAUGAGGAGAAAGAUCCAGAUGCUGCCAAGAAAGAAGAGGAACGACAGGAAGCUCUCAGGCAAGAAGAAGAAGAAAGGAAAGCCAAAUAUGCCAAGAUGGAGGCUGAAAGAGAAGUUAUGAGACAAGGGAUUCGAGACAAGUAUGGGAUAAAGAAGAAGGAAGAAAAGGAAGCAGAGGCCCAGGCUGCACUGGAAGCUAAUGCUGAAGGAAGUCUGACGCGCCCAAAGAAGGCAAUCCCUCCUGGCUGUGGGGAUGAGGAGGAAGAGGAAGAAGAGAGCAUUCUAGACACAGUCAUCAAAUACCUACCAGGGCCUCUGCAGGACAUGUUCAAGAAAUAAUACCUGCAGGCUGUUAGAUGGGCAUAAACAGUACUGCAAAGGAUUUCUCUUUUGCCCAAUGGGGAUUUACAAUCUUGCCAUCCAUCACGCAGCUCUCCCCACCUCUGCCCGUACUGCUCACUAGGAAUCCCUUUGCUUCCCAUUCCCUUCUGACUGCCUCUCCCUUCCCUCCACCCCAAGACUCAUGCAUUCCUUUUUUGUACAUAGUCACAUCCAGUAGAUGCCUCUGAAUGGAUGUAAAGAUUAAAAAGCUGCAGACUACACAACUUUUAUUAUAAGCCAUAGUACUAUGUAUGUUAAAUAAGGCAACUGUACAUUAAGCAUAGAAAAGGAACAACCUCACAUGCAUUUCCAUCCAAAGCAGGAAGGAGUUCACUGAGUGUGAACAGUGGCCUCUUUAAUUUUCUUUAAUUCUCUUUUUAUUAUUAUUGAUAAUAAAAUCAGUCAUCAUAAUUAUAAAUGUUCUUGUUGAUUGGCUUACACUAGCCAUUUGAUGUUAGGCACAUCUGCCCUUGGAAGGAAUAUCUCAGUUAUCCCACGGAAGCAGAGCUUUUCUGUUUUAAUUCCAUGACUGGCAUAAGUAAGAGAUCAUCUGUAAGGUAAAUCGUGCAUGACUUAACUGACAUCACUCAGACCUGUUCAAGAAGUGAGUCAUCUGCCCUCAGAUGGUGGUAGAAGUUAAAUGCCUCAGAAUCUAAGCAAGACUCAUGUUACUUUGGGAAUUAGCCAUACACUUAGCUUGAAAGAGCAGAUUUGGUCAUACAGUUGCCAUACAGAGAGCUGAAACCACAGGAGAGUGCAUGUUGCUGUGGUAGAGGACCUCUUCAACCCCUUUGAAGCCAAUGACCAACUACACAGGCUGCUCUGAUUAACUAACUUUCCUCUUUCUGCCCAGUGCCAUAUUCAGCUGUCCCAUUCCCAGCAGUGCUUACAGAAUGGAUAUUUGGGUUCAGGUAUAUUGUUGCAACUGUGACACGCCCACCCCUUCCCGCAGUGUGUGGGAGAGUGCAGUGGUCUGAAUGUUAGCCAUGGCCCUGGAGAUCCAGAAAUCCUGAGUAUGCCUGCUAUGUAUCAUGCUAAAUUGCUGCAUUGCCUUGAUGAGGACACUUAUUUUUCUGCCCCACCCAGCUUCUCCAACUGUGAAAAUGUGGGUUCCAAUCUCUACCUACUAUAAAGGCAUAAAGUGAGGAUGCUUCUCCAUUGCUGUGCAGGAGCUAAUUGAUAUUGUAACAGUGUGUUACAUCCCUUGAUGCUAGCAGGGUGGGAGGAAAUCUCUCUCACUACUAUCUUUGUUGCCUUUCCCAGACACAGAUACAGAGGGCUUCUCAAUACAGCAGUGUAGGUAUUGAGUAACUGCAUAAGAUAAGCCAAAUUCCAAAUUCUACUGGAGAUCUUGGCUUGCUAGUACAUACACAGACUCACAUACAUAGACUCAUUUUGAACACAAAGCCUUGUGAUCAGCUGUCUGGCUUGUCAUAUGAAGAGCUGAUCCUGGAGUUUUUGCAUUUGGCUAGGUCUCUGUAGUUGCUGUUGUGAGAGCAUCAUGCUAUCUCAGUCUCACAUAAUCUUGUCAGAGAAUCGGGGUUUGUGUGGCAGAACUAGCAUAGCUUGUCAUGGAACAAAAUUUUCCUAAGGACAUGGAAGAAAUUUGGAAGCAAAUACAUGCUUUCUACUGACCACAGAAAGGAAAGCAAUCUCAGACACUUCAUUAUGUACCUAAAUUAAGCAUCUAACUUCGGUGGAACUUCUUUCAUGCACUAGUUCAGUGGAACUGAGUUAGGCAAACAUCUCAGAAUGAGAAAUUUUUAAAGAUAACUAUCAUCUUUCCAGGUAAGCAGAAGAAACCUGCACUAUGGUUAAGGCAGUGAGCUUGUGAACUCUGUGCCUUUUAGCAGCAUCUCUCAUAACAGGGAAAAAUAUUAUGAAAGAGAAGAAAUAUGUUUAUUUUGCCCUCCUCAUCCAGUUCUUAUUCAGGUAUGAUAGUCCUUGCUUCUUUACAAGUGAUUUUAGCCAAGGUGGAGGCUGAGGAGGUUUGGCUGAUCUACAAGUCAGAACCAGCUCAUAAAUGUGCAACUUAUUUCCAGCUGGAUCUACAAAUAAGGCAUGUUCAUUCAUGUACAAGCUGCCUAAACUUCCCAGAGGAAAAAGAAGGCAGGUUUUGCUUUUUUGUGUAAUCUUCCCAGAGGAAAAAGAAGGCAGGUUUUGCUCUUUUGGGUAAUGUCAGUGGUUUUUUUCCCUAACUUUUAUUUAAAGCAAGAUAAGUGUACCCCCCCCUAUGACUUUAAUGGCCCAGAGUACUCUUUAUUUCUGAAUCAGUGCUUGGGUAUAGCAUAGCAGUGUUGAGCAAUUUACCUUUUUCUAGGGAGAGUGUCCUACUCACCCCAUGCAAAUUCAGGAACUAGUAAUCUGAGUCUAUUCAAGUAAACCUCAAAAAACUGAAAACUCUUCUUCUGUCACAAAGGCGGCAGCUGUAUUUGAUGAUCCUGCCACAAAGGGAACUAAAUCCAACACCCCUGAAAGCUAAAAGGCAGAGGCUGGCUCUUUGCUUCAGCCACUUAUUGGUAGUGAAAUCUAACCCAGAUCACACUGACACACUGACAUCAAUACUUUUGAAAUGUUCUGACUAAUCUCUGUGCCCUGCAUCUCAUAAUACAUAAGCAGAACCAGCAGAAAUUGUCCCUACUAAAAAAAAACCCACAUCCAUUCAUAUUUUCCCCUGGCCUCGUGCUGGAGAACUCUGCAAACAAACAAAGAGGAUGAACUCAUUUUGCUUUACAUUGGCCUUUUUCUACCACUUGCCUACUGACCUUUCCCUAACCUCCAUCAUUGACUCACUUCCUCAUCCAUCCAUAUAGUGUUCCUGACACAGAAUCAGAAUUUUUCUGCCUGAUGUCCUUGCAGAAUUUUGCUGCCAAUUGUUUAUUUUCACACACCACCUCCCUGGCAGCCUGAUAUGCUGUGUGUGCACAUAUGUGGAGAAGACAAGGAAAAGGGAGAAAAGAGGGAGAACAGAAAAAGGAUGAGUGAUUGGUAUUAUUUUUGCUAACUGUGCUAACUGCCUUAGCAGCUGAGUGAUUGAAUUGGCAGAUCUAAGUUGGAUCUUGUGCUCAAAUUUCAUAAGCAAGUACUGCUACCCCUGGGCUCAAAGCAUUAAAAAUACUCCUUUUGUGAAAUGAGCUUCAUGAGCAUCUUGAUCCAAACCCUGAAGAGGGUCAUAGGAAUUCUGUGCUGAGUUUGUUAGGCUUCAUGCCAGGCUCACAGAGCAGGAGGGAAAGGGAAGGUAAUUUAUUAGAUGUUGUUUGCUGGGUCUUUUUCAUUAUGGGAGCUGCCCAGCCCAGCCAUGUCUCCACUUUGUACCUCAGCACUCCAUAUCCACAGCAGCCCUUUCUCCAUGGACAGCAGAGAGUUCAGCCAGGUGUAAGCUGGUAUUCCCAUUCUAAUUUCCCUUUUCUUUCAAUAAAGGAACAUGACAGAUCUACCACAGGUACUGCACAGGUUUUGCUUGGCUUUGCCUCACAUAACUUUUGGCACCUUGCAUGCAUUCUGGACCUCUCCUCAAGUCAUUCUACUGUCCCCAAAGUGCCUAAGCCAUGCUGAACAGACUUGAGAGCAGGCACUCUCCCCUCCCUUCUACCCACCCAUUUCUCUUUCCACUCUGAACUGGCAACAUGGGACACAGACACCUCUGGCUCAUGUAUGGAUGUGAGAAGCAUUGUCUCAGACAUUUUCCCCCUCAGCACUCAAGCAGAUGUCAAAGCACUUAAACAAGACCAAAGAGAAGCAUGGUUCAUUGUUUAGAUUCUGAAUAUCUCCUUGUCUUUCCACGAAAUUGUUUUAUUUGUAUCACUGGUCUAUUCAAUCUCAGGUAUAUGAGGUCUUUUGUUUUUUUAACUAUUUUUUAUUUAUACAGAAAGGUUGGUGGCUAGACACUGCAGCCAGUUUCCUUCACAGCUCCAGGACCUUACUGGUUAGUAAAAAAAAAAGUCAAAGGGCCUCCGCAUUUGGAGGGUAAAUGAUUUAGUUUGCCAUUGACCUUGUGAACUCACAUUUCUAUUUAGAGAAAGCCAUAUGAAAUCAGACUGCAAUAUUAAUUAUGAAUGCUACUCUUGUGUUUAAAAUAAAUGAAACAAAAUAUAAAAUCAUGUGCUAAAUCACUUUGGCAUUCCUCUGUCUGUUUCUAGUACCAUGCGUUGGCUUAGGUCCCUCCCAGACCCUCUCCUUCAUCAAGAAAGACCAUACCAAUGCUGCUGAAUACACCUUUUUGGCAAGCUUACUGUGCUAGAAUAAGCAUUGUUAGAAUAUAGCUGUUGUGACCUUCACAUAACGUCUUAUGUAUCUGAAAGUUGUAUCUGUUCGGAAUAUAUGUUAUCAAGGUAACUGUUUCUUCAUGCAUUCAGUUAGUAAAAUGUUUUGGUACGGUCAUUUAAAAAUUGCUUGUUUUCUCUCUUUCUCUCUCACACACAGAGAAAAAUUCAACUUAGCCAUGCAUUUUCUAGCAGAAAUGCUCCCCAGCUUUCUUUCAGAUGCAUGCAGUACUCUCCAAGCAACUAGAAGAUAAUCUGAAGUAGAGACUUUGUGAAUGUGGAUUUCGUUUGUUAUUUGCCUGCUACUUUUUCCUGCAUGAUGUGGGUAAAUGGUAUUAUGUUCUUUUAAAAUGGAAUCACAGCCAAUAAAAAAACCAGUGAUUUCAUACA